UUUACUUUACAAAUAAAUCUCUCAAGUGAUAUCUACAUAUUUUUUUUGAUGAGCGAAUAUCAAGAUAAGCUAGUAAAUAGAUUAGUAUCAGCUACAUCUUCUUAAAAUAAAAGCCAAGAUGAUGAAUAGCAAUAGAAAUUUUAAAGGAGGAGCUAAAGAUACCUAUCAAAAGUUACUUAACAAAAGAUUGAAGUAUUUAAUAACUUAACUGAGUAGUUUUUACAAGGAAAAAGAGUACCAGAACUUUCAGAGUUUUAAAAAGAGUUGAUUAGGCAGCAGUAAGUGGAUUCUAUAAAAGAUGCAAGUGACCUACGAAGAGUGAUUGUAUCUUAAAAAAAUGAAUAGUAGAGAAAUUAAAUUUAGAAUUAUUAAAAUAAAUAUAAGAUUAAGCAAGAAAAAUAAAAAUAUUAAUAAUUAGUGAAAAAGAUUGAAGUAGAUGAAAAAACAAAGCAGUGGUCAGAGGAAUAGUAAAAAAAAUUAGAUUUAAAAUCUAAAUUGCACUAAGAAAGGCUAUAGUAGGAGCUACUUGAAAAAGAGGCAAAAGCAAAUAUACCAGGUAUAAAAGAUAUGUUCUUUAAGCAGUUUAUAAAAGAUACCCAAGAAAAGUCAUAGCCUCCUUCAAGAAAUUCUGUAAUUGAUGAUAAUGAAUAGUAAAAUGAUUAAUUAAUUGAAUUAAAUUACUUAGAUGAGCUAAAAUAAAACAAAUAAGAUGAAUAAUAAGCUUCAAUUAAGAAAAAAACAACUUCUGUAAAUUAAAAAUUUAAUGAUUAUCAAAUGCAAAUGCAAGGAGAUGACUACGUAGGUCAUUAAAUGAGAAACAAAAGUAUGUCUUCAGGAAAUAUGCCUCAAUUUAAUGUUUAGUCAAAACUUUAUUAAUAAAAAUAUCUCGGAGAAGGUGUUGUUAACAAGGAUUUCCACAUUAAUAAUGAAAAAAUUAAAAAAUAGUUUUACAAUCUAAAUAGAUUUAAUUAAUUCUAAAAGGAUAUUGAAAAAAAACUUAAGCAGGAACAAGAAAAGCUAGCUAUUUAAAAAAAAAUAAAAACUGAAAUGGAAAAUUAAACAAAUAAUUUUCUUUUGACAAAAGAUAUGUGGGAGAAAAUUAUUGACGCUGAUAAAAAUAACCAACCUUUUCGAUUACCUAACUUUGGAAUAGAAAAGACACCAGUAUAUAAGAUGCAGCAAAAUAACGAAGAAGAAAAAAGAAAAAUUAUAGAAAAAAAGCAAAGAAUUAAACAAGGAGUUUUUAUAUCUCCAAAGAAAACAUUUAUCAAUUUCAAAAAUAUUUAUAAAGGAGUGAAAGAUAUCAAAAAGUACACAACAUUGUACAACACUACAGAAUAUUCAUAAAAUAGAUUAUUAGAAACAUCGUUAAAGAAUAGUGUAAAUUCGGCAAGACUAAUAUGGGGCUCAAAUUUCUUAAAACCAACUACAUCACCCAACAAUAAAGAAAAUAAUCUAAUUAAGAGUUACUAAUAACCAAUUCAAGAAGAACCUGAUUUUAAUGGUGAUGAACUCGUUUAAUAAAAUGACUAUGAUUUAUAAGCAACAAAUCAAAAUAUUUAGAUAGAUAAAGAUAGUUUGAUGAAUAAAUCUGAAUCAGCAUACUUGCCUCAGCUAGUUUAAUCGAAUUAAUAAGCAUAUUCUACUUAAUAUGAAUCUAGUAAAUACAAAGAUACAAAUGAUUAUUUUUAUUCUAAUCUAUCAACAAAAGAAAAAGAAUAGUAUGAGUAAUAAGAGAUACCUAAAAGAUAUGUAUAUACAAAAUCUCAUUAAAAGAUUAAACUUUAUUGA